AUGCUGCUAUUCUCGACAGCUCUGUUGGCACUGUCGGCCUUCAAUUAUGGUCUGAGUGACCAGGCUUUCUCGUCGUGUCAGGCCAUGGACUCUUUCAUCAGGCAAUUUGGUAAAUACGACGCCUCGACUCAUACCUGGAAGAUUCCGGCUUUGGACACCUCCCUGUACAACAGUAUUAAAGCUGCCGGUCAAAUUAUCGGAGUCUUCCUCGGUGGUUAUGUCAGCAACAGAUGGGGACGGCGAAUGUGCAUUUUCUCGAUGAGUGUUUAUGCUCUCGGAAGUGCUUCGGUCGUAGUUAGCUCUACCACCCAAGCUCAACUUCAGACGGCACGAGCGCUUCACUAUAUCUACCUUGGAAUGCAAUUGGCCGUUAUUCCCACCUUCCUUGCCGAACUGGCACCCGCCAAGAACCGAGGUGGAAUUGGGGUGAUAUACUGGCUGAGUAUCAAGUGCGGUGGGCUGUUCAUCACCGGCGUGGCCCGAGCUACGAAGACAAUGACGACCGAUGCUGCAUGGCGGAUCCCGUUUGGCCUGAUCCUCGUCAUCCCCUUCAUAGUCCUCUGUUUGGUCUGGUUCAUCCCCGAGUCUCCACGCUGGUAUCUCCUCCGCGAUCAUCAGAUCGAAGCCCUCCAGGCCCUCACUGCCCUCAAGCCCAAGAGUACUCCUGAACAGGCCAUUCAAGAAGAGUUCGAUGUUCUCUCUGCCAAGGUGGCCGAGCAACUCCAAAAGAAGUCGUUCAGGGAUCUCUUCACGCGCCAGAACCGGCAGCGUACCUUUGUGGUUGCUGCGGCAAACUUUUUCCAGCAGGCGACCGGUCAGGCUUUCGCCUCGCAGUACGGAACCUUGUUUGUCAAGCAACUGAAGUCGGUUAAUCCGUUCAGCGUGACCCUCGGUACGAACGCUGUGGAUAUUGGCGCCAUUAUCAUUUGUGCAUCGAUAAUCGAUGUCGUCGGACGUCGAAUGCUCUUCCACACCAGUUCUUUACUCCAAACCACGGCUCUAAUGACCAUGGGCGGCCUUGGCACCGCGGAUUCCAGCAAUGUCCACGCCAAGCAGGGGAUUGUAGCCAUGCUUCUGCUCUUCAGCUUCAGCUGGUCUUUGGGCUGGGCUCCCCUGGUAUACGUGCUGGGUGCCGAGCUUCCCUCUUCUCCGCUCCGAGAGAUGACGCUUCAGAUCGCAUAUACUGUCAAGCUAGUCACCGAAUUCGCCGUGACUUUCACAUAUCCUUACAUGGAAACGGCCGACACCCCGCAUCAUGUUGAUCUCGGCGGCAAACUAGGUUUCAUUUAUGGUUCCCUGUCAGCAUUGGCUUUUCUCUUUGGAUGGUUCUUCAUUCCCGAGACCAAGCAAGUGGAGAUCGAGGACCUUGAUAAGCAGUUUGCUAUCUUCGAGCUUGUGGAUGUUGAGGACCCGACGAAGGGGGCGCCGGCCGUGAUCACUGAACUUCCUCAAUAG